AUGGAUUUUAACAAUAGCUUUGACUACGGCGCUUACCCGACUGGACUCCCCUACAACACCAGUCUGGAUUACGAAGACUACUACCAUGAACCGGACGCUAGCAAAAUCAUCAUUCCCUCGAUCUACGCUUUAGUAUGCUGCGUGGGACUCACCGGCAACGCCAUGGUCAUCUACGUCAUCCUCAAAUACGCCAAAAUGAAGACCGCCACAAACAUUUACAUCCUCAACCUGGCCAUAGCCGACGAACUCUUCAUGCUGAGUGUGCCGUUCCUUGCCACAUCCGCUGCUGUUCGCCAUUGGCCGUUCGGUUCGCUAAUGUGCCGGCUAGUCUUGAGCGUAGACGGCAUCAACAUGUUUACCUCCAUAUUUUGUCUUACGGUGCUAAGUGUGGACCGGUACAUUGCCGUUGUCCAUCCCAUCAAAGCAGCGCGCUACCGCAGGCCGACUGUAGCUAAAGUUGUUAACGUUUGCGUCUGGGGGCUAUCGCUGAUCGUGAUUUUGCCAAUUAUAAUUUUCGCCGACACUGUACCUGCGCAAGAUGGCGGAGUUGAUUGUAACUUUAUGUGGCCCGAAGCGGCGUGGUCAGAGGCUUUUGUGGUCUACACCUUCCUGCUUGGUUUCUUGCUACCGGUUGGCGCAAUCUGUCUUUGCUAUUGCCUGAUGGUAGCGAGGAUGCGUGCGGUUGGGCUUAAAGCGGGCUGGCUACAACGCCGAAGAUCCGAAAAAAAGAUCACGAGGAUGGUUCUCCUGGUUGUAGCCGUGUUCGUCCUCUGCUGGAUGCCUUUCUACAUCGUCCAACUGAUCAGCGUGUUCCACCGGCCGCCAGACCCGAUGAUAACGCAGCUUUUUGUCAUACUCAGCUACGCUAACAGUGGCGCCAACCCUAUACUGUACGGUUUUGUGUCCGAUAAUUUCCGGAGGUCGUUCCAGCGCAUCGUGUGUUUCCGUUGGCUGGAGAACGGCCUGGACGCGGAACAGGUGGACUACUGCGCCGUCGCGGUCAAGAAGUCUACGCCCUGCAGACCGCUGGACUUCCCCAAAGAGUAUCUGGCUUCUGAAAUGGUGUUCCGGAACGGCACGUACACAUCACGAACGACCACAGUGUGA